AUGACGCGGCUCAAGUCAAGUCGAGCCUCACGGCAACCGCUUUUUCUCGUGCUCGCUCUCUUAUCCGCUUUCUGCGCGCCCUUGUUGGCGCAUGCCGAAUGCCCUGAGGAAGCCGUCUCUCUCUGCAAAGUCGCCGACGAUCCCGCUCUCUGUCAACACGCCAUCUGCUCUCGUGCAAGCGAUGCCGCGACAUAUGCCGUGCGAGGCCGUUCUCUUUCGGAGGGAUCGUCACGAACUAGCGAUUUGCUGACCUCGCUGGCGGUGGAGGCCGCCGAGGCGGAAGUGCGGGGGCUGCGCGGGCAAGUAGCGGCGCUGGAGGCGGACACCGACAGCGGAAAACCGCAGCGUCUGGUGGCUCGUGAUUGCAUCGACCAGCUGGACAUGGCUUCCAACUACCUAGUCAAGGCGUACGAGUCUCUCCGCUCCAACGACGAGCCCGAAGGCCAAGCGCACUGGGUCUCGGCCGCGCUCGCGCUCACCUCGCAGUGCACCGCCGCACUCACUGCAGCUUCGGCUCCCGUCACCCCCUCCGUCAAGCUCGCUUUCUCGGGUGUUACUGCUUCAAGCGCCUCUUUCAACGGCGAUGACAGCGCGGGACUCACCGCGGCGACAGGCUCUGCUACCGGCGCUAGCGCCAUGAUGACUGUGUCUCGAUCCAUGAGCACAGGUCUGGGCAAAGAGUGCAAGGAUUACAUUGCGAACGCGCUAUCCGUCGUCGCGUCUCUUCGAGGCGUGGAAGAUGACGACGAUGAUGGCGAGGAGCCCCCGGAGCUUGCGGCGGAAAGUGCGGGAAGGAAGGCGCUGGAGCGAGAGCAAGGAAGCAGCGAGCGUAUUCUUGAAAUGGAGACCAUCAGUGAGGAUAUGGCGGCUGUGAUUGCGGAGUUUGGUGGAAGCCCGGAGGAGGUCAAUAACGUGCGUCGUGGCGGGAGGAAGCUGAUUGGGGGAACCAUUAACCGGAGGGCCGAGAGGAUUCUGCGAGGCAUGGGAGUUUCGCGUGCGACGGUCGGCACGUCCGCGAGCGAGGCGAAGGGUCGCCCAGAUUGGGUGGACGACAAUGAGGAGAGGCAGCUGCGAGAGCUGCAGCACUUUAUGCGACACCACUAUCGCACGCUUCGCGAGCUGUUUCCAAGCAACUUUUCGCAGCACUGGGAGGCGAACCGCGGGCGCACGCUCGUCGUGCCAACGCCUCCUGCACUGAACGCUGCAAUCAUCAGCCAGCUCGAAGUUACUCCCUCGCCAGCUCCGCUCGCCAAUACCGCCGCCACAACGCCUGCAGUUCCUGGGCCGGUGCCGAAAGCCACAACAAAGACCGUGCCCAAGGUUCCUCCUAAGACCGUUCCUAAGACCGCUCCUAAGACCGCUCCUAAGACAACUCCUAAAACCAUUCCAAAGGCCGCUCCGGAAACCCUUCCGAAAGCUGCUCCUAAGGCCGCUCCUAAAACCGUUCCUGCGACCGCUCCGAAAACCCUUCCCAAGUCCGCUCCCAAGACUCCUCCCAAGACCGCCCCUAAGACUGCACCAAAGACGUCUCCUAAGGUCGCUCCGAAAACCCUACCCAAGGCAUCCCCUGCGACCCUCCCCAAGACCGCCCCCAAGACCGUGUCAAAGGUCCCUCCUAAGACCAGCCCUAAGACCCCCGCUACUGCAUCGCCCAAGGUCCCGCCUAAGACGGCACCUAAGCCGUCGCCGAAAGCAGCACCAGGGAUAAAGGCGCCCGUUCCCGGGCCCGGCGUGGCGGCGGAAUCUCUUCCUCCCCCUCCUCCCCAAAUGAACGUGUUCGCGGCGGCGUCGACGAUAAAGCUGCCGACGCUGCAGCCAGACUACGUCGUGUCCAAGGACGGACAGAACGGCCACUACGACACGGUGCAGAAAGUGAUGGACCAGCUCGGGAUGACGAUGCUGGAGAAUCGGCGCAAGGUGAUUUUCAUCACCAAGGGCGUCUACAAGGAGAAGGUGACUCUUCGCAAGGACAGAAUCGUCUUUCUGGGUGAAGGGCCCAGGCAGACCAAGAUCGCGUUCGACGAUAGCCCCGCCAAGGGAUCCACCGUCUUUGACUCCGCCUCUGUCGGAAUCAACGCGAACGAGUUCACGGCGAUGGGCAUCACGUUCGUAAACACGGCGGGGCCCAGGGCGGGGCAGGCCAUUGCGAUGCGCUGCGAGGGCGACAAGAGCGCGUUUUACGACUGCCUCUUCCUGGGCAACCAGGACACGCUCGCGCCCAACGUCGGCCGGCAGUUCUUCAAGAACGUGGGCGUCCUGGGGUCAAUUGACUUCGUCUUCGGCGUCGCGUCCGCGGUGUUCGAGGACUGCACGUUUGUCAUGCGCCGCCCGCUGCCCGGGUACCAAGGUUGCGUGUCGGCGCAGGGGCGCGACAAGAAGAAGGACCCGUCGGCGUUUGUGUUUUUGAGAGGGCGUGUGAUUGGCGAGAGCGUUGGGGCGUACGGGUCUCUGGGACGGCCAUGGUGGGAGUACUCGAGGUCCAUCUUCAUCAGCGUGUACCUCGGACCGGUGAUUGGCCCCGGUGGAUGGUUGGAGUGGGACUAUGGCGGUGGCAAGAAGACCACCUGGGGGGGCAAUCCCUACUUGGCAGAGUACGGCUCAUAUGGCCCGGGUAGCAAGGGACCCAGAGUGGCGUGGGCCAAGCCCGGCAAAAUACCGUACCAGCAGACAUGGAGCAGCUGGCUCGCAAGCGGGCUCUCGUCGGACGAUCUCCGCGAAUGUGCAUACGAAUUGCUUGUGAAUGUCGUCGGCCCGAAGCCCGCGCCGGUCAACCGCAACGCGGCGGCGGCGCGGAAGCAGCAGAAUAAAGGAAUUAUUUCUGACGAGAUGAAGGCGGUCUUGCGACUCAAGGCGGGGAGCGAUCCGGGCAAAGACGGCGCCGCGGCGCUGACGCCGAUGGAUGUGGUGCGACGGCAGCUGGAUAUAUCGGAGGCAUGCGAUGAACGCACGAGGGCUGCACUGAUACGCGCACAUGCUUCUGCAAAGAAGCCGGAGAGUCUGGUGGUGCCUCUGGAGUUGCUGUGCCAGCUUAACAUCGCCGAAUUCCCCUCGCAACGCGACUACUCCCGCUGGAAGCGCCGCCAGCUGAUGCUCCUCGACCAAGCCACAGCGCGCCAUCCGGGCCGCGCUGCCCCAUCGUCCUCCGCCUCCUCCGGCACGCCGCCCCCGAAAGGCUACAACCGCGACAAGGCAGACAGCGCCAUGCGACAAGUGAAGCAGCUUAUAGCGGAGCUGACGACGGGGCAGCGGGACAUGCAGGAGACGGCGGCGCGGCAGGCGCUGCGCAACGCGGUGACGACGGUGGUGGGCAUGCCGCUCGCAAGCGGCGGAAAGGGCGGGGGGCUCCCCGCGGAGGGGCGGUGGGCGGACGGGUGGCCGCUGAACGUGCGGCUGUACGCGACGCUGCUAGGGUCCGUGUUUACGGGGCUGCAGGCGGCGACGCUGGUGGAGGAGUUGGAAGAGGUGCUGGAGAUUCUGGGGAAGGUGUGGCCUGUGCUCGGCAUCACGCCGCUCGUGCACCGCUGCGUGUUCGCGUGGUUGUUCCUGAAGCACUACGUGUCGUCCGGGCAGAAGGAGCCCGCGCUGCUCGUCGCCGCGGACUUCCAGCUCCGGGCGGUAGAGACGGAGGUGAAGAACGAACUGGGUAAGAGCACAGAGCAGCAGCAGCAGGAGCAGGUGUUGGUGCUGCUCACGCUGAUGCCGCACAUGGUCAAGUACGGCGAGCCGCGCCUCCUCGCAUACCACGACGAAUUCCCCGACGGCGGGGCCGCGUUCGAGUCCACGGCGGGGCUCAUGCUGCGCGCCGAUGAGCUGCUGCAGAGCGAGGAGGUGGUGGCGGCGGCGCAGCGCGCGGCGAGCGCGGGGGUGAAGCUGCCCGGGAGCGGGAGCGCCAAGGCGGGCAGCAGCGUGGGGCCCAAGAGGCGCGCGGAUCAGUUUGUGCGGUCGUCCGUCAAGAAGGCGUUCUCCGCGGUGCGCGAGGCGGCGGCGCAGAGGCAGGUGACGCUGAAGCAAGCGCACGGGGGGGUGCCGCCGCUGCUGGUGGCGCUGGCGGCGGAGAGCAGCAUGCUGGCCGUGGACUCGGUGGGGCGCUACGCCGCCGCGCUCAGACCCUGGAACUCCAACGCGGGCGGGCUCACCGUCGCCAUAGUGCACUCUUGUUAUAAGAACGAGCUGAAGCUGUUUAUAGCGGAUCGCACUGUGCUGUCUGUGGAGAUGACUCAGGUGCUGCUGCAGGCGGAGAAGCUGGAGAAGCAGCUGAUAGAGAUGGCGGUGGAGGAGGGCGCGGACGCGGAGGACGGGGGCGCGGAGGUGAUUCAGGAGAUGCCGCCGUAUGAGACGCAGCGCACCAUCGAGGUCAUGCUGCAGCAGUGGCAGGACAACCGCAUUGCCAAGUGCGCCGAGUGGGUCGACCGCGCCAUCCAGCUCGAGAAGUGGGAGCCCAAGGCGAUGAAGGCGUUCUGUGCGUCAAGUGUGAUGGACGUGCUGGGCCUGCUGGACGAGACGCAGGAGGCCUUCUUUGCGCUGCCGCUGCCGCCGCGCGCGGACAUGCUGGUCAGCGUGGUGCGCGCCAUGGAGGCCGCACUGCUCAAGUACUGCAAGGCUGUCACUGCUCAUGUUGGCGACAAGUCCCAGUUCCUGCCUCCGCUCCCGCCCCUCACGCGGUACAAGGAGGGCGGGGCGCAGGAAAAGGGAGCAGCAAUUCUCGCAGCAGCAGCCACCACAGCCGCAGCCAACGGCACAAACGGCACCAACGGCAGCAGCAGGGGGGGCGGGGGCAAGGAGAGCAAGAGCGACCGGUACGCGGUGCCACGGCUGCUGGUGCGCAUCAACACGCUGUUCCACAUCCACAACGAGGUGGACGCGCUGGCUGCUCGCAUCCGCAGUGCAUGGGAGAGGGCCAUGGCGCCCUCUGCCUCCUCGCCCUCCACUGCCGCUCCUGCGCAGAAGUCCUUCUGGCCCCUGCCCUCUUUCAAGAAGGUGGAGACGAACGUGCCUCUGGUGCCGCCGUUGCCCUCGGAGCUGAUCUGCAUGUUUGACGACGUGCGGCACGAGUCCGAGACAGCCAUGGCGCACCUGUGCCAGUUUGUGGCGUACCGCGUGGUGUGCCACGAGCUCAAGGACGUGGCCGUCGAUGCCCUGUACGCUGGUGGCCCGGCGACGCGCAUGCGCAUUGCGGCAGUGCUGGAGCGCCUGCACCCGCACCUGGUGGUGAUUGCGGAUAUUAUCAAUGACGGGCUGAGGGACCGCGUGGUGCUGGAGGUGCUGCGUGCGCUCGUGCACUGCUACCUGCGCGCCCUGCUGGCCGGCGGGCCGGCUAGAAGCUUCACGCUCGGCCCUUCCAUGAGCUGCCCUUCUCACCCCCGUGAAUCUCCAUGUGGCCAACCCAACCCCCCUUUCCCGGUCCGCCUCGCCCAGGUGCCGGAAGUGCCAGCAUUGAAGGAGGACCUGAGCUUCCUCUCUGAGCUCUUUAUAGAUGGAGGCGAUGGGCUCCCUGCUGACAAGGUCCAGGCCACCCUCGCUCCCGCUGCUUCCAUCGUCACACUCAUGAGCCGUGACACCGACGACAUUAUCAGGAAGUUUGAUGCGGCUUAUAAGGAGUUUUUGCGGACGGUGCCCGGAGGUGGUGCGGGAGGGAAGGAUGCGAAGGGGGGAUUGGUGCUGCCUCCGGUGCCGGAGGAGUGGUGUCCAUCGGAUGCUAAUACGUUGUUGCGAGUGCUGUGCUAUAGAGGGGACAGGCGUUCGUCGAAGCAUUUGAAGAAGGUGUUUGACUUGCCCAAGGAACUCAAGAAGUGA